ACUCUUGCCACCAUAUCGUUACAUCUUGAUCGAUAGACUUUUAUAGACUGCAUACCAUAUGAACUAGCUACAAAUCCACAGGAAUGAAACCUAUACGUACUAUACGACCGCUACUACGGUCUCAAUACACCAGACUAUGUUCACAAUUACGACAUACAACAUCAUUCUCCACUUUUUCAAGGUGUCAACAAGAAACCAUACCCACAACAUCAGAUACAGCCAAGGAGGAACCAAGAGUCAACCAACUAGGCAUUCAAUACCUUUCCAAUGACUUACACAAGAAAUUGUUCCCAACCACAUCUCCACAAGACUACCUUAAACCAAAAUAUCCCGAAUUAAUAGACAUAUCAGAGAAUCACCUUAGUCAUAAUGAGCUUUUAGGGAAAAGGACCCAGAUUACUGACCCAAUCACAAUCAAGAACUUUCCAGAAUUGAUGGGAGACUCACUAGACGAACAUUUCCACAAAUUGGCCCAACGAUCUAGUAAUCCAUAUCUUUCGAUGUGUGAAGAAUUUUUAACUGCCGAGGGAUCAGGCAUACCGCCCCGACCAGACAGCAAAAAUUGGCUAUUCCAAGCUGGAUGGACAAGAUAUACUCCAGAUGGACCCCCGGAAUCAGUGGAUUUCCCAUUAGAAAACGAAUUAGUGUUUGAUGUGGAAGUAAUGUAUAAAAUUUCACAAUAUCCAGUCAUGGCAACUUGUGCAUCUAGCAAAGCAUGGUAUGGAUGGGUAUCACCAGUACUACUUGACAUCGCCGAGAAAGACAAGAAGAAGCGGAAAAUCAACUGGGAGCACUUGAUUCCUAUGAAUUGUGCCAAACAUCGUAAAUUAAUCAUUGGAUACAAUGUGAGUUACGAUCGGGCAAGAAUACGAGAUGAAUACAAUAUUAAACAGACAAAGGCAUUCUAUCUUGAUGGCAUGUCACUACAUGUGGCCAUCAGUGGGAUAUGUUCACGCCAAAGACCCAAAUGGCAGAAGCACAGAAAGAAUCAGAAAAUCCUGGAUGAUGGUGAAUUUGAGCAUUUGGGAUUGACCGAGGAAGAGCUCAAGAAUUUGAUCGUGGAUGAAGAAUCCGAAGAUCCAUGGUUAAAGAAAGGAGCACCAAAUUCCUUGGCAAACGUUGCUGAGUUUCAUUGUGGAAUCAAGAUGGAUAAAACCGAUCGUGAUUAUUUUGCCAGUGAAGAUCCGCAAGAAGUAAUUGACAAUUUUCACAAAUUAAUGGAUUAUUGUGCUCGUGAUGUUGAAGCUACUUAUAUUGUUACCAAGAAAUUAUUCCCGGAAUUCCGACAAAGAGUUCCUCACCCAGUAUCCUUUGCCGCAUUGAGACACAUGGGAAGUUUAAUUCUACCAACCACAACUAAAUGGAACAAGUACAUCGAAUCAGCAAAUUCCCAUUAUUAUGCUAACCGUGAGAAAGUGACUGAAAGUUUAAAACAACGAGCUGUUGAGUUGGUUGAAUAUAUUGAAAAACAAGACGACAACUUAAUGCCAGACCACGAGAGCGAUCCUUGGUUAAGUCAAUUGAAUUGGGAGAUCAAACAGCCAAGAAUGAAGAAAGAUGGAACUCCGUGGUCAAGGCAAGCGUUUAUGACCGGAUAUCCUGAAUGGUAUCGAGACUUGUUCAAGAAAGAAAAGGGGAAUGAAGAUCGUGAAAUGAAUUUGACAUUACGUACCAGAACUGCUCCAUUGUUUCUUCGAUUGAAAUGGGAAGGGUAUCCUAUAUUUUGGGUUGAUUCUCAAGGCUGGUGUUUCAAAGUGCCUUACAAUGCUGACAUUAUAGAUGCUAUGGCCAAAAAGAACUAUCACGAGGCGAAAUUGACUAAAGAGGAGAUUCAAGAACACCAUGAUGUAUUACGAGGAGGAAAUGGUGAAGCAUUUGUUCUUUUCAAGAUCCCACAUCCUGAUGGGGCUGGUAAGAGAUGUACUUCAGUUCUUUCCAAGAAUUUUAUCCAAUAUUUUGAAAAUGGAACUUUAACUUCUGAAUUUGAAUAUGCUAGAGAGAUUAUGACCCUUAACAAUGAAGCCUCAUAUUGGAUGGGAAAUAGAAAUAGAAUCAUGGAGCAAUUUGUGGUUUUUAGCAAGGAAGGAUUAAACAAUUUCUUCCCUAAUAAGGAAAUCAGAAAAGAACAUAAAAACAUGGGAAUAAUAAUCCCCAUGUUGGCAACCAUGGGUACUAUCACGAGACGGGCAACUGAAAACACCUGGCUAACUGCAUCCAAUGCCAAAAAGAAUAGAAUUGGCUCAGAAUUGAAAUCGUUGAUUGAAGCCCCACAAGGAUACUGUUUUGUUGGUGCCGAUGUUGACUCUGAGGAAUUGUGGAUUGCUUCGUUAGUAGGAGACUCUAUGUUUCAAACCCAUGGGGGUACCGCAUUAGGAUGGAUGACUUUAGAAGGGGAAAAGAGUCAAAAAACAGAUUUGCAUUCCAAGACUGCCAGUAUAUUAGGAAUAUCACGUAAUGAUGCUAAAGUGUUUAAUUAUGGACGUAUUUACGGUGCUGGUGUGACAUUUGCUACUCGAUUAUUAAAGCAAUUUAAUAAGGAUAUCAGCGAUAACGAUGCUGAAACCAUGGCCAAGAAAUUGUAUGCCAGCACCAAGGGUCAAUCAAAAUAUUCUAAACAUUUCAAUGGGAAAUUGUAUUUUGGAGGAUCGGAAUCGAUCAUGUUUAAUGCACUAGAAGCAAUUGCCCAACAGGAAGAACCAAGAACGCCAGUAUUGGGAGCAUCUAUUACUGAUGCACUCAAUGCCAAGAAUUUGAAGAAGAACAAUUAUAUGACUCUGAGGGUCAAUUGGACAAUUCAAAGUUCUGGAGUUGAUUAUCUUCACUUGUUGAUUGUAGCUAUGGACUACCUUAUCGAGGAAUACAAAGUCGAUGCCCGAUUGAUGAUUACUGUUCAUGACGAACUUCGAUAUCUUGUCAAGGAAGAAGAUAAGUAUAAAGUGGCGUUAUUGUUGCAAAUUGCCAAUGUUUGGACAAGAGCUAUGUUUUGUGAACAAUUAGGUAUUAAAGAAGUACCACAAUCCUGUGCCUUCUUCUCGGAAGUAGAUAUUGAUCAUGUAUUACGAAAAGAAGUUGGAAUGGAUUGUGUUACUCCACUGAACCCGAAUCCAAUUCCCAAGGGGGAAUCAUUGGAUAUUAGAAAGUUGUUGGAAAUCUGUGGUCAUGGAGAGAUUUUGGAGAACGUGAGGCGAUCAAGAAUAAGAGGAUUAUAUUCGGAAAGAACCCCAAUUAUCAGCGGGUUGGAUAGUAACUUGAAUACUAAAGCCAAGAUAGCCAAGAUUAGAUUGCAGACAUCUGUGGACGAAGACGAAUGGAAAAAGAACCUUCGCUUGUUUGGUCAUGCAUUAAAGCAAGAGGAUCCCAGAGAUGAAACGAAGAAUGGCGGAAGCAAAGCAGCUCAAACAAAGAAAAAGUCUACCAAAGUUAAGCGUACUAAAACCAGCAGAUCUAACGAUGAAUACCCAUCAACCACAGAGAGACUGACCCGUACUACAAAUGUAAACCAUGGGAGGAACAAUGAUACUGCAGUUGAACUAUUAUCAUAUAGAGAACGACAAGAUAUCAUGUCAGCAAUAGCGGUUACAGAAAAGCAAAGGGAAGGAAAAUAUAGGGAUAAAAGUUAUACCACUACAGGAGGAAGAACCAAGAGAAAGUAUCCAAACUGGAAUAUGGAGCCGGGAAGACAAUACGUGAAAGAGGAGUUUGCAGAAUCUCCAGCCAAUGUACUAGAGGUUAUGGCUGAACCAGUGGAAUUUAAGCUGACUAUAUUUGAACCUUCAAUUGAUGAAUUAUAUGCGAGAAGCAUACAAUAUUCUGAUGUUGGGGUUCGACUAUCUCAAUUAAAUUUCGAAGACGAUCCUCAUCGAUAUUCAAGAAAUCCACAUCUGCAACAUCACCCUCCGUUUCGACGAGCGGACCUCGGUCCAUCGUCCGAAUUCAAAUCACACUAUAGAUAAGUCUAUCCCGGUUCAUCCACCAAAUAUCACUCUUCCCACUGAAAUUCCUUCUCUAUGAUUUUUUUCCCCCACAUUUUGAGACUUAACCAUUGACUAAUAAUUGCUGAAUUGUAAUUUCAGCAUUGAUACUUUGAUAUUAUUAUUAUAACAAUUGAUUGCGAAGCAAGCCGUGUAUUAAUACCUUGCUAAUCCAAUCAUUGAACUUAUAUUGCUAUGAAAAUUUAUUAUUUUAAGAUUUUGUGUGUUACACUUCUCUCUAGAUAUGAGAGGAAUUUUUAUAUUGGGAUUAUAUUUGACGAUAUAGAAUAUAUAGAUGAUUACUAGGGUAUAUGUAAUAUAUGUAUAAAUCAGAUCAAACAUCCUUACUCUGGUAAUAGUUGUAAGUGACACCUGGAACGGCUUUCGCUUCGCGUUUCCUGAACACGUAAGCGUAGCAGACCCAACCAACAAUAGAUACCGAGAUUACUAUUUUCAUUACAUUUUGAAAGUUUUUGUUUUCCAACUUGUCAGUAUACUGUUUGAUGAAUGCAACCUUAUCUUGAGCUUCCUUUUCUGGUUUUCUUUGGUACAUGUUGUUAGAAGC